GUGCUGAGGUGGGUGAUGGCGCUGUGGGCUCGGCACGUCUCCCGCUGGUGUUGCCUGCUGAGCACGGCCCGUGCUGCUGAGUUUCAUUGGCGGCCGAGGAGUCGCGGCUGCGCCGCCCGGGCCUGCCGGGGGUUUGCCCCUGUGGCUGCGCUGCCCGCUGGGAAGGAGGUUCUUCUGUGCAGACUGCAGGCAUGCAGGCAGGUGUCUGUAGGAAAAUGUUCCCCGCCCGACAGCGCCGAGGGUGGAUCCUGCUCUUCUACCAAAAGCACCUUGCCUUCAGUUCAACAGGAACAAGCAAAAGUAGAAACAUUACCUGAUCUGAAUACAAAAAUACUGGACGAAGACUGGGAUGACGUCCCACCUUCAUCUGCUUUGGAAGUGAUUUCCGAGGAAGAAGCUGUACAGAUCAUUGCAGAACCACUUGUCCCCAUUCAGUCUUCCACGCUCCGUGAUUAUGUUGAUCACUCAGAAACCCUUGAGAAACUUGUCCACCUAGGAGUUGACUUAUCCCAAGUGGAGAAACGUCAAAAGGCAGGUCAGCUCUUACUGACCUUGGACUUUGAGAAAGAUGUAAAAAAAAUACUUAUGUUUCUUAAGGAUGUGGGUAUAGAAGACAAUCAACUGGGACUAUUCCUGACCAAAAAUCCAUACAUCCUUGGUGAAGAUCUGGAAGCUUUAGAAACCAGAGUGUCUUACCUAAAAUCAAAAAAAUUUGGUAAAUCAGAAAUUGCUCAGAUGGUCUCAAGAGCUCCAUAUUUGCUGUUGUUUUCAGUGGAAAGACUGGAUAACAGACUGGGUUUCUUCAAAAAUGAACUUGGUCUCAGUGUAAAAAAGACAAAGGAUCUGGUAAUUCGUCUUCCAAGGCUACUGACUGGCAAAUUAGAGCCUGUAAAAGAAAAUCUUCAGGUUUGUCGAAUUGAACUUGGUUUUCAACAUAAUGAAAUUCAACAGAUAGUGUAUAAAACUCCCAAGAUUCUAACUGCAAGUAAAAAGAGACUCAGACAGACAUUUGACUACUUACACAACAUAAUGGGCAUUCCCCACCACAUGCUUACUCGCUUUCCUCAGGUUUUCAACUCAAAGCUAUUACGAAUCAGAGAGAGGCAUAUGUUUCUUGCCUUCUUGGGAAGAGCCCAGUAUGACCCAGCCCAACCCAGCUACAUCUCUCUGGAUCAGCUGGUAUCCUUGCCCGAUGAGGUGUUCUGUACAGAGAUUGCCAAAGUGUCUAUGCAGGACUUUGAAAAUUUCUUAAAAACACUUUAAUUAGUUGCACAUGUAAAAGUUCUAGAAUUAAGUUACAAAAUAAACAUACUUUAUAAAACUACUUCCCUUUAAGGUCUCUUAACUUCUUAAUUGCUGGUUCAGAAGUCAUUGUUUAUGAAGCGUGUAGGAUUUAAAGGCUCACAGUAAUACUUAGAGUAAUUAAAAAAAUGUAUUUCAGAAGGAGUGAGCCAAUAUGUUGGUUGCUGUUAAUUCAAGUCUUGUAAUUCACCACUAUCUUAAUUCAGAGUGGAUGAUGCAGAACAUUAACAGAAAGGUAAAUUCAAAUUCUUCAUUUUUUCUUUUAAUAGUGGCAGAAUUUUGGGAGAUGGGAAAACUGGCUACUGACUUAUUCUCUGUCUUGCACUCUGUUGUCUUCUCCUUUCACCCUCUUCCCCAAAAGUUAGAAUAGCAAGAUAGUGUGGUAAUAGUGUCAUGUUUACCUGCUUGAGCUAAUAAUGUCACUGUUUUCCUUGUAUGGUACAAAAAAAAAUCACACCAUUAAUAUGUGAAGAUCCCCAUACAGAAAGGCAUUCUUUCAGUAGGUUACAAAGGUGUUUCCUUGUGCAGCUAGCUGCUGAAAGUAGUAUCCUAAAAGCUGGUUAGAAAUGUAAAAAAAAAAAAAAAUAAAAAUAAACCAAAACAACAACAACAAAAAAAAAA